UGGCUGUCCUUUCGCCAACAAUCGAUUGGCAUGAAUCAACAACCAAUCUCACGCUGACAACAACAACGAUGCUGAGCGAGCGGAUUAGGAGUGCUGUUGUUGGUGUGGGUGAUGGUGGUGGUGGUGGCGGUGAGAUGAAGAGGAAGAGAAAGAAGCAAAGGAGGGAAGUGGGAGGUGAGGCUGGGCGGGGAACGAAGGGUGAUGGCGAGAGGCCAAAGUAUGCAUGUCGCAAGUGCAGGCGGGUGUUUAUGAACGCGUCUGCUUGCCGCCGACACGCGCUGCUGUGCGGGACUGGGGUCCGCUUUGCAUGCAGCUGCUCCCACACUCCAUUUGCGUCCUUCGAAGCGCUCCGACUGCAUGCCCGCCGCCUCAAGCACGACAUCCCAGAGCACACGCAGGCCUUGCGCAGGCAGCUGGCCGAAGUGUCAGCUGCGAGCAUCCCUGAUGUCAUCGUCCUUGGCGCUGCCCACAACACGGCAGCGACAACAGGAACAGCGGCAAUGACGACAACAGAAACAGCAGCGAGAACCGCCACCGCAACGCAGCUGACCACCACAACACCUGUGACGGUGACAACACAAACCAUGGUAAGAAUGGAGACGACUUCUGGUACGCCAAACCUGCGUGCGUCCUCCUCAACAUACCCACAGAGGGCAACCCACACAAUGACCAGCAGUAUCGGGACCAGCACCGACUUUGGCAACCUCGCAUCAACUCGACACGCAGACGCUGCAGCUGCUGCCACCUCGACCCAUGGACAGGCACAAGUGCACGAUGUUUGUCUUCAAGCUGGAGGCAUGCUCGGUGGCCAGCCUGCGAUGGCAGUACACGCUGCAAAUACAAGCUUCAACAGCGUGAGCACGAGCACCAACACACCCAAGAGCGCGGUCGACAUCGCUGCCUGCCACACGGAAACGCAAACGACGGAGCUGGACAUGCUUGCGGCAAGCCACCUCUUCUCCCUGCCACCAGGGCCCUCCCCAGACGUCUGCACGGCCACCUGCCAGACCGAGUUUGAACAGGACGGUGCCUUGCCGCUCUACCUGUGCUCCGAUGACCAGCAGGAGGCACCACCAACCCCGUCGCUUCCUCCACUCGCUACGGCCCCGUCGACGUCAACACCUUCCCCACGCACAACAACAACAACAACAACAACAACAAAGGCAACAGCGACGACAGCAACAGCGUCAAGCGCAGCGACGGCUGCAGGCAUGACCUCUGUUGCGCUUGGUUGCAGUGAGCUGGACAUUCUCGCGGCGACGGGUGUCGGGGCCACUGAUCCACAACACAUGGACAGAGGCACGUCCCCUUUGUUCCACACAGUGGGCACAGACUGCUCAGAGCUCUUUCAUGACAUGGCGACAGACUGCGACGACCUUCUCUUUGCAGAUGCCUCCACGGACUGCUUUGAUCUCUUGUUCUCAUAG